AAGUACCCGUGUACGUGUGGAUGUAAGCUGAACCUUGAGCUGCAGUCCUUGAGUCUUUUUGUCUGUCCCCUGUCAGACCUAUCAGAGGCCAUCCUGCAGUCAAUGCAGCGGAGCCGCCGCCUCCUCUUGGUUCUCAGCCCAAACUUCCUGGCAGAAAAGAGCUUCAGUCUCCUGGAGUGUCGUCUCGGUCUGUACCUCGAGAAUAGUCUCCGAGCCUCUAUUAUCGCUGUGGUUUACCGCUCAGUCAGCAAACUGGCCUGCGUGGAGGUCCCUCAGCUCCGUCAGGCCACCAUCACCACCGUCACAUGGCGAGGAACCCGAUCUGAACCGCGGCGCUCUCGCUUCUGGCUCAGGCUGAGGCUGGCACUGCCCGUCCGCCCACUCGCUCUGGGCAGGAGGUUGAUCGACAGCACAUCAUCGCACUCAGACCUGGCUGCCAUGGCCCUGCAGAGGGCUCAACGGAUCCAGAGCCAGAGCGACAGAACCAAUCAGGGCCACCGAAACGGGCGUACCAAUGUUAGCCGCAGAGACAGGCGGACGCGGCCCAGAGGGUACCUCAAGAGAGGGGUCAUAAAUAUGGAGGAGGGGCCACAGCACAGCAGGAGUUGCUCAGGGUGCGCUGGGUUUAUGGGUAAUGUAGAGGGGGCAGGGGUGGAGCUUACAGUAGAGACGCAAACACAGCAGGAACCAUGCGAUAGGACAGAGGUUCGUUCAGACCCGGUCCCAGAAACACACCCCAACCCAGUUCCUAACUCCGCCCAUGAUGCUCACUGCUCUCCUAACCCCACCCCCAUACACCACCUAGAUUCUGACUCCGCCCUCACUAUCAGUCCGGAGAACAAAAUGGGGAAACACAACCAGCAGCAGGCGGUGAGCAGUUCAAGGACGUCUGAGGAAGUUCUUCCAUCGUAGAGGGAAAAGGGGUGGAGCUAGUGGUGAAAAUGGCACCAACUCCACCCUUUGAUAAAGACCUUUAUUUCUAACUCAAAGGAGAUGCUGCAUUCAAAUGACGUCAGGAAAAUACAAGUGUUUGGGAGGUCAGAAGAAACAUUAAGAUGGGUUUGUCCUGAGGGAGGCGAUAGACAGCAAAGUCCAGGGGUAAUUCAAAUCUUUAGAGUUCAUCCUCUGGAGAGCAGGAGAUCCGUAUAUUUCAGGAUGAUCUAAAUCAGCGGUCCCCAACCUUUUUUGCGCCACGGACCGGUUUAUGCCCGACAAUAUUUUCAUGGACCGGCCUUUAAAGUGUCGCGGAUAAAUACAACAAAA